UCCCUUCGCUGCACGCGGACGGAGGCGCGCGACAAUGGCUAGCUGCGGCUGAAGCUAGCAGCGCCUCCACACCCGCGUGUGGCGAGCCGAGGCCGCUGUGAGCCGCCGAGGCGCGUGUGUCGCGCGCGCUGCUCCCGCCACACGCCUCGACAGCGCUCUUCUAUGUGUAUAGACGUGUAGUAGGUGUAUUUCCCAGGGAAGGUCGGUCAGUCCCACUGUUUGUUGCGGGUAAAAGUGCCUGACAGAAGAGUCAAGUCUCGCGCCAAGCGUCGCGCGCCAGAGAAGACCGCCGCUGUCGUGACGUCUGCCAUGCUCACUGAAAACCCAGCUGUUCAGGGUUCGAGACAGGUCCGUGGCGAGCUGAGCCGCGCACGUGUCCACCUGUUGCAGUGAGGAGGAGGAGGAUGGGUCUGAGGCCAGGUGAGAAGCGACCCAACCAGAGGAAACACGCGCGCACACCCUGAGGCUCGUGUCGGCCAGCAGGAGGCGCUGUCGCGCGCUGGUUCCCUCUCCAUCCCGGUGUCCCUCAGAAGACCCACAGGGCUGUGGUGGGACCUGCUGUGCUGUGGCUCCCAGACGGAGUCGGCAAACGGAGCCGGGAGAGUGGGGAGUGAGCAGGGGAGAGCAGCACACUGGAGGGAGGAGAGCAGCUUGGAUGGAGGAGAGCCAGGCUCAAGAGCGGGAGGAGGAGAGGCGCGCGCGCGUCUGUCGGGCUGCUCAGGUCACUGCCUCAGGUCCUCAGCUAAGCCAGUACCAGCACCAAAUGUACAGGCAACAAUCAACGUCCAGACUCAGUCAUUAUUUUUGAUGCAGAGCUUUUCAUUUAUAUAGAUUGAUAUAUAUGGAGAUACAUAUACUGUCAUGGAGUUGGCAUUAGUCUGCAAUAUUUUAGGUUUUGUUUUUUUUUCAGAGAAUAUAAAUUGCAGCUAAGGUGUCCACAGUUUUGUUUGUUUAAUCUGAACGGACUUGAACUGUGCUCAAACACGAGGAGGAGUGUGACAGGCCAACAAGAGGAAGACGGUGGAUGGGACACGACGUUUCAGCUCCUCUGAAUGUGGAUGGACUUUUUUGAAAAUAUUGAAACGUGAUCCCAGCCAACAAAUGUAUGAAAGAAAUGAGAUCGCCUGCAUGCUGGGAUGGUCUGGACCAGCGCCAUCUUUGACACCCUUCCCGCUUGAGCAGGGCUUUUCUAGUCUGAGCAGGAAAUGCUGAGUUCCGAAGUGCAGGCAUCAUGGCGUGGACUCACAAGUGUCACAAGUCUGGAGAACCAUCUCCACUCAAGGCCUCCUGCUGGGUGGAGCUGAAGCUGACUCACCUGGACUGGAGCCCUGAAACCAGUCUGAUCCAGUUCCAGGGUCACGACCCGGACGUCUGCGAGCUGGAGUACAGCAUCCUCCAGGGGGAGCUGCUCAACGUGCCCAAGAGCCGAGCGGCCCUGAGCGUGGGCGACAUGUGCCUGGUGGAGGAGCUGCCUUCGGGCCGCUGGCACAGAGGCCGGGUGCAGGGCCAGCAGGGGGAGCUGCUGGAGGUCUUCCUCAUCGACCGCGGGAGCAGCUUGAGCGUCGGCGCCAGCCGAGUGUCCUCCUGCCCCGCGCACCUCCAGAGUCUGCCCCCCAAGACGGUGUGUGGCUUCCUCUCCAACGUGCUGCUCUUCAGCGGCUGCUGCCGCUCUGUCAUGCAGGAGUUCUUCUCCAGCCUCCUCAAGAGCAACGUCAAGGGUCUCGUCACGGCCACGCUGCCGCAUCAAGUCCUACUUCUCGAGGUCCCGGCUGUCAACAGCCACAUUGUUUUGAAUGGCUUUGGUCGCCAUGUGGACAGCCACAGCUUCCUGCUGCUGGUGGAGCUGCUGACGGAGAUGCCGCAGGAGCGCCGCGCCCUCCCGCUGCCUGGACUGGAGGGCGCCCUGCCCAGCCUCUCCGCCUGUGCCCCCGGGUUCGGCAGCGGCUCUGGAGUCCAGGUGCGAGUCACUGCCGCCUUCCGCCCUGGACUCUUCUACUGUCGGGAGGCCAGCAGGGACGCAGAGCUGCAGGACCUCUGCUCAAGACUGGCUGCCGCCUGUGAGGACGGAAACCGAGUGGGGCGCCGAGGCACCGAGGAGAACCUGGGCUCCCUCUGCGCCGUCAAACACAGGGACGGCAGAUGGUACCGCGGCCUGGUCCAGCUGGUCGCUUCCAACACUGAGGUGCGCGCGUGGUUCGUCGACUGCGGCUUCUUCGAGUCGGUCGAGGUGCAGAAGAUCCAGAAGCUGCCGCCGGGCCUGUAUUCCACCCCUCUCAUGGCUCUGCCCUGUGCUCUGGCCUCCUGUGAGCCCCAGCAGCUGGACCUGCUCAAGGCUGGCAUCCUGGGAGACGUGCUCCACCUGGAGAUCGUCGGCCACGACGACAACAGGAACCUGUACCUGGUCAGGGCGUCCAAGCUUCUGGACGGUCGUGGCUCCGAGCCACGGGCGGUCGCCGGCAUUCAGGCGCCGGCGCCGCGACUCUUCAGCCACUUGGCUGGUGAGGGGAAAGUCACCGAGCAGCUGCUGAACAUGGUCCUCAAAGAAGAGAACAUACUCCCCGACGCCUCUUUUGUGGGCUACGUGGAACACGUCCAAGACCCCAACCACUUCUGGAUCCGCAGCCAAAAGAGAAACGAGGCGUUUGAGGAGAUGAUGGAGAAGGUGCGCGCUCACUACAGUCAGCUGCGGCUGGAGCAGGACACGCUGACCCGCCCGCAGGUCGGCUCGCUCUGCGGCGCCGUCUACCUGGAUGACCGCCACUUCUACAGAGGCCUGGUGGUCCACGUCCUGCAGCACCACGCCAGAGUGCUCUUCCUGGAUUUUGGGAAUGUGGAGCGAGUGCCUCACAAGCUGGUCAAGAAGCUGCCCGAGUCCUUGGCUGGGGUCCCGCCCUUCGCCCUGCGCUGUUCUCUGAGUGGCGUGUUCCCUCUGGAGGAGCAGUGGACCCUCUCCAACUCCAGCAGGUUCAGGAAGCUGACGGCAAACAAGGAGUUGGAAGUGCGUGUGGUGCAGAUCAGAAGCGACGCUCUGCUGGUGGACCUCUGGCACGGAGGACGGAGCAUCUCCCAGAUGCUGGUGUCCACGUUGGAUGCCUUGUUCCGGGACACGCCGCGACCACACGGCCUGCCUCGCGUCAGCCACGCAGACCGGCGCUCCAGUGGCCUCCGGCAAGACCUGGUGUCUCCAUCCAAGCCGAAGGCUUGGGUUCCUCCCGAGACCUUCCUCUACUCCUCCUUUGACCUGAGCCCCGGGAGCGAAGAGCAAGUGUACGUCUGCCACCUCAGCAGCCCGUGGGAGGUCUACUGCCAGCUGAGGAGAAAUCUCAGCACCAUCCAGGAGCUGGAGCAGAGCAUUCUGGAGGAAGCCGCGGGGCCGGGCCGUCUGGGCGACCUCAUGGAGACGCUGUGUCUGGCCAAGUACCAGGAUGGGAACUGGUACCGAGGCGUGGCCAGCCCCGUCCUCUCGCCGCAACACCUGGCCGUGUUCUUUGUGGAUUACGGAAACUCCAACAUCUACGAGAGGCGCAACGUCAAGUUCCUCCGCAAAGAGGCCCAGCGUCUGCUGCGCGUGCCCAUGCAGGCCGUGAGGUUGACCCUGGCCCGGGUGCCGCGGGAGGAGCAGCACCCCGAGUUGAGGACCUGGCUGGAGCAGACCAUCCUGCACAGAGAAGUCAGGGCCGUGAUCAGGGGCGGCGGGGUCCAGCGCUCCUUCCACGCCCAGCUCUUUCAUGGCGACACUGACAUCAACCUGGAGCUCAACAAGCUGCUCCUCAGCCUCUCUCCCACGCUGGCAGUCACGGCCCACACAGCUCUGACUCCAAGAGUCAGAGCGAGAUCUGGCCCGGGAGCUCUGACAGCCACAGGUCGAAGGCCAGGUCCAGCAAGAACCAGGUCCACAAAGGCGAGCGGGAUGGAGAAGAAGCGGCAGAAGACCGGGCCACGGCGGACUCCAGGCGUGUCGUGUGGCGCCACCCGCAGAAUCCCGGAGAGGAAGGUCGGCGCCGGGAGGAAGGAGUGUUUCGUGUCCCACAUCAAUUCAGUCCAGGACUUCUUCCUCCAGCUGGCCGAGGACGAAGCGGCCAUCCUGCAGCUGCACCAGGAGCUCAGCCUCCUCUCCAGAGGGGCCGCCGCCACGGCAGCCUCUUGUGUGGAGGUGGGCGACGUGGCUCUGGCCUCGUACCACGAGGACGACCUCCUCUACCGCGCCCUCGUCACGGCCCGGGAAGGAAGCGCCGCCUUCACCGUGCACUUCCUGGACUACGGGAACUCGGCUGUCGUAGAGAAGGAGAAGGUCUUCCCGCUGCCUACGUCGUACGUCAGCCAACCAAGGUGGAGCAUCGCAUGUGCCCUGCUGGACGCCAGCGUCUACGGCAGCGACGCCGCCUUCAGCCACGCCGUGAGUGAGAAGCUGCUCGCCGUCAACUUCGUUCACCGACUUCAGGCCUGUUGGAAAGUCAACAUUGAAGUUAUCGGUGAAGAAGAAGCUUCACCUGCGCUGGAAGCAGGCGGCCAAGGUCCUGCUGCAGAGGCCAUGGUGGAGGAGGUGGAGGCCACGGUGAAGGAGAUCAAGGCCACAGUGGAGGAGGUGGAGGCCGAGAAGGUGGAGGCCACGGUGGAGGAGGUGGAGGCCGAGAAGGCCACAGUGGAGGAGGUGGAGGCCGAGAAGGUGGAGGCCACGGUGGAGGAGGUGCAGGAUGUCGAGACGGAAGACGUCUCCACGGUGGAGAAGGUCUUCUCGAUGCCUGCUGACACAGAGGCCGAGGCCUGUUCACAUGCUCAAUACUUGGCGGCUGAACCGGCUGCAGUGGAGGCUUCUGUGGUCAGCUGGGAUGUGCAGGCUGGAGACACCGAGAGCGGCGUGGUGCUCUCCAUCUUGGAGAACAGCAAGUUCUUCUUCAGACUGAACCGCUCCAACGACUGGGCAGCUCAUCUGGAAAGCUACAUCGCUGAGCGCAUCUUCACCUGUGAAGCACUGCAGGAGGUGCAGGUGGGAGCCAAGUGCUUGGUGGAAGUGGGCCACCUCUGGAGGAGAGGCCAGGUUCUUCAGGUCGGUGAGCAGGUGUGUCGAGUGCUGCUGCAGGACCAGGGCGUCACCGUGGAAACUCCCAGUGGAUCCCUGCGGGCGCAGGGGAGCCCUCUCGUGGAGGUGCCAAACCUGGCGCUGCCGUGCAGGCGCGGCGCCCUCGGGGGGCGCUGCAGAGCGCUCUCGCGAGUCCUGGGGCAGGAGGUGCACCUGAAGUUUGUCCGUUACUCUGAAGCUGAGCAGCUCUGGUUGGUGGAGAUGGUCUCCAGCGACGCUCCCCCUGCAGACGGUGGGCCACAGCGUCUGAGCCUGCCGCCGGUUGCUGUGGACGCGCCGCUGAGGGCGGCGGUCUCCGCCUGCCACUCGCCCUCGGACUUCUCCCUGCUGCCUGAGGCUUCGCUCCCGCUGCUGGCCACAGUCUCCUCUGCCACCCACGGCUUCUGCGGAGACUCCCCGCCGCUUCCUGAAGCCCAGGUCCGGCCCGGCGCCUGCUGCAUGUUUGAGUCCGACUCCAAGGGGAAGUGGUGCCGGGCUCAGAUCGUCCAUGUGGGUCAGGACCACCUGCUGCUGGACCUGCUGGACUACGGUCACCGUGAACGUCUGCCGUGCCUCCACCUCCAGCGGCUGCGGCGGCUCCCCACCGGGCUGCUGGACCUUCCCCGAGCCACAUACCCCUGCACGCUGAGGGGGGUCCGGCCCGCGGGUCCGGGCGCCGCCUGGUCAGAGGACGCGCUCGCGCUGUUUCAGCGGCUCGUGAGGGGCCCGGACCUUCAGUUCCUCGCCAGAGAGUUGGCGUCAGAGGCUCAGCGCCUGAUGGUGGACGCCGUGGUGGGUGGAGUCCAGGUGGCCCGGCAGCUGGUGCUGGCCGGCCAUGCCCGGCACACGGACCCGCUGCUGCAGCUGAGAACGCUUCCUCCCGCCGACCAACCAGAGGAGCCGGCGCCUCAGGACGAGUCAGAGCAGGAGGAAGAGGCGCCUCGCUCUGCUGUCUGAGGAGGAGUCACUGUCGCCGCUGGGUCGGCCACUGGGUCUCACCGCAUUGUUUUGUGAGGGCGAGGGUUCUGAUGCAUGUUCCACUGGUGGAAGACAGAAGCUCUGAUGCUGAAAAAUCUGUCUUUAUUAAUGAUUUACAAAAAGAUGA